AUGGCAUCUGAGAAAGCAGAAGUUAGUGGUAUCAAGAUUGCUAAGGUUCAAAGGUCUCUCAAGUGUGGAAAAUGUGGUCAAUCCAAUACUCAGAGAAACAGACCCGCAACUAAGAAUGAGCUGAGGCAUAAGGAAAAGAUAAGGGCAGAAAAACUGAAGGCAGCAGCAGUAAAAGGAUCAAAUGCUUCAGGCAAGCCAAAAGGUAGACCUCCAAAGGCUUCAGCAACUUCUGCCCCAGCUCCAACAAAUGCUAAAGCUCCUCCUGCUACAACAAGGUCUAAACCUCCAGCCAAGCCAUCAUCAUCUUCUAAGCAAGCAGCUCCGAGUAGGUCAUCUAGCAGAAUCAGAGAUAAUGCAAAGGAUGGGAAAAAGUAG